UUCACCUCAUGCCUCCUCCAUUAUCACUCGUGUUCUUCCAGGUUCCUGGUUUUCCAGGUUCAAGCAGAACAGUAGCAGCAGCAAUCCUGAGACAAAUCAUCCUGAGAAUAAGAAAAAACAAAGGGAUGGGAUUGAAGACAGCAGCAGCAGCAGCAGCAGCAGUGCAGGAGGAAACGGGCAUGGAAUAAGCCCUCUUUGGUAUGAUCCUGAGGAUGGCUCUCGAGCCGACAUAGUCUCAGACAUUAUGAAGAUGAAAGAAAAGCAGCACUACCAGUACAAGGGCAAUAGUUCAUCAACAAGGCAGAUACCAAAUCAAGAAGCACAGCUUUCUGCUUGGAGGAAAAGAAGUGAAAAUGGGCGACGCCAAAGAAGAGCGAGCCACAGGCUUGUCAAGAAAAGGGAUGCACAUUUGGCAAGAGGGCUUGAUUGUGGACAAUGCCGAUUUUCAAAGCAUGAGGGGGAGGGGCAACAUGUACUGGGAACAGAACCAUUGAACAGGGAAAUGAAAUUAGAGCUAUCUGAUUCGACUGUUUCAGAUGCAAAAAUCCAGCAAAAGAUCUCUUUCCCAAACUCAAGUUCAGCUGAGGAAGGGCAGAAUAGAGAAGAGAGCAAUUCAACUGCUGAAAGAGCAUCACUCGUAGAUGGGGAAAUGUGUGAAAAUAAGGUGUUCAAAGCAGCAUGGAUGAAAAGGAAAAAAUCUAGACAUAUAAGAAGGCAAUCUUUGGGCAGAAAUUUAAGGCAAGCAGGGGAAAAAGUUUAUUCUCCACAAAGAGAAGUCAGAAUUAGAGUGCUGGAUGACAUGAAGAAAACAAAAAUGAAGUCAAAGAGGGAGAGAAAGGCAGACGAUCGAACCAUCUUUGAUAGCUUUGCAGUAAUAAAGACUUCAACUAAUCCAUGCCAAGAUUUCAGAGAUUCAAUGGUUGAAAUGAUUAAUGAGAAAGGUAUUAAACAGCCUGAGGAGCUUGAAGAACUUUUGGCAUCGUACCUGACGUUGAACCAGGAUGGACACCAUGAGCUCAUUAUCAAUGUUUUCCUGGAGGUAUGCUUUGAACUGAAGACUGAUCCUGCAAAAAAGAGUGGUCAAUUUAUUGAUGAGUUUGUGUAGCUAAAUGUUAGUGGUCAGAUAAAUGAGAGAUUGACUAGUUUUGUCUUGCAAGUAGCUUAUGAAUACCUAUGACCAUCUGUUCCAUU